GGCCAGGAUGGAGCUCCCAGUUCUAGACAAGUUUUGCUUCGUGUUCGACCUGAAGACAGGAUGCAUGGUCAUGGGGUUAGCCAAUACUAUCAUAACCUUCGUCUUGACGCUGCUCCUCAUCACGUUUGCGGUGAACAUCAAGGACAUAUCGGAGGCGCAGAUGAAGAGGGACGAUAUAGAGUAUGCCAUGUCUUCCGUGGUGUACACCAUCGUGGUCCUCCUCAUCGUCCUGCUCGUGGUCAAGUUCCUUUUGGACGUGGUCUUCGUGUACGCGGUUUAUAAGGAAAAAUGCAGCCUCCUGAAGAAAUACUGCAUCUUCUGGAUCAUAUUCCUGGUCCUGUACAUCAUUGGUUUCUUGAAGACCCUGUUCCACAUGGACGCUGGCCACGUUAUCUCGCAGAUAAUAUUUAUAGCUGAAAACUUCUACUUCAUCGUGGUGACUAGGAGCUAUUUGAUAUCAAUAAACGAAGACGGUGUCCUGUAA